UGGUUUCACCCUUCAUCUUUUCAGCCAAGGAGCGACACAUGAAGACGCUGGUUGUUACCGGGGGCCACUACAAUGUUGACUGUCGUCUGGAGGAUCCGGACGGCACAGUCCUGUACAAAGAAAUGAAGAAGCAGUAUAACAGUUUCACGUUCACUGCCGCCAGGAAUGGUACGUACAAGUUCUGCCUCAGCAACGAGUUCUCCACCUUCACACACAAGACUAUCUAUUUCGACUUCCAAGUCGGUGAUGAUCCUCCACUCUUCCCCAACGAAAACCGAAUGACUGCUCUAACUCAAAUGGAAUCUGCAUGCGUCUCCAUCCAUGAAGCCCUGAAGUCUGUGAUCAAUUACCAGACCCAUUUCCGGCUGCGGGAGGCGCAGGGACGCAGCAGAGCAGAGGACUUGAACCAGACCAGGGUGGCCUUCUGGUCCAUCGGGGAGGCGUUUAUCCUCCUGGUGGUCAGCAUCAGCCAGGUCGUCCUGCUCAGGAGCUUCUUUUCAGACAAGAAAACCACAACGACUCGCGUCGGAUCCUAACAUCUUCAAGUCAUUGUUAUUUUCGAUCUCUCUCGUUCUCUCUCUCUCUCUCACACACACACACACACAAACACACAAACACACACACACGCACACAAACACAAACAAGGGACUAAAGGCAUGCUGCCAUGG